AUGGAUAACUUCGAGUACAGCAUCCAGCUGAACGACAGGGACUGGGCUGAGUUCUUCUUGGUGUCGGAGGAAUGCAACCUUGCACCGGCCACCCUGGCCACAGCCGAGGAGCAGUGUCUCAGUGACAUUGAACAAGGGGACGGCGUGCCGGGGAGGGACUGCCACGCCAGCACAAACGGGCAGAUCACAGCGAGGGUGGGCGGCAGGCCAGGACCUGGCACGGGAAGCUCUGCCCCACGUGGGGUGCCCGGAGACGCCUCCUUGCGCUGGCCCGCUGGUGGGCAUCUCGCCCUGCCGGAGCUUCUCUCGGGCAGCGAGGACGAAGCAGACCUGGGCUCGGUCGGCAGGUUUCUGUGCGAGAGCGACAAGCCCGGCUGCCCUUCAUUCGCUCCAAUGCCCAGCGUGCAGGGGAGGCAGCCCCCCUGUCCCCCUGCAGCCGCCCUUACCGGCCCCGCUGAGGGUUCGGCGAGGAAGAGCCCUAGCAGCGCUUCCCGCUCGGAGCCCGGGUUACGGGGUCCCCCGCGUGACCACCCCCCGAGCCCAGCCCUGGAGACUGCACCCAAAAUGCCCGUUUCCCCGGCGCGGGAGGAGGCGAGCGGGGAGAGAGCGGGUGCUGAGCCCAGCUCUCCGGCCGGCUCCCCAGACGUUGUGAGGCCCAAGGUGCCGGGACAGCCGAGAAAGAGCCGCAAGCAACGUGGAGCCAGCGCCGUCGAGGCAGCCCAGGGGGACAGGGAGCCUGCGGGAGCUGCAGCACAGGGGACUGGCGUACCCGCAAAGGCACCUUUAAGCUCACCGCUGUCCUCACGAAAGAGUAAAGGGAAGGAGAAGGCAGCCAAGCCAGCUCUUGUGAAGCUGGGGAGCGAGGAGGCAGGGGAGAGCAAGCGGCCAGCGCCCAGCCCUAGCACGGAGGAGGGCGAUCCAGCCUUGAGCGCUACCCCCAAACAGAAGGCGAAAGAGCCGGGAGCACAGCCCUUGGGGAAGGCGAAAGCCACCAAACAUUCAAAGCCAGGGCAGGCUGGUGGCUUGGGCGUACGUGACAAUGUGCCGGUGAUCUCUGCCAGCGGAGCUGCGGCUCCUCCAGGAGAGGUAUGCCAGGAGGUGCCAGAGAAGCCUCUCCAUCCCAAGAGCGUGGUGGCUUUUGGAGGGGAUGCUGCUGAGCUGCAAAAUGAGGAUCUCGACUCAUCUCCAGUCAAAGACUCCGUGGUUAUCUCAGUCCCAGAGGUAUACGAACACUUCUUUCCAGAUGGGCCUGGGAACAGGGCGGGCUGGAGAGGGAUUUUCUCAAUCGCUCCAACCUCUGAGGUGAAGAAAGCUGUGGGGGCUUUGAAGUCCCUCCUGCAAAGGCCAAUGCAUCUCGUCAGAGGCCAAGCCCCAGCCCCCCAGGCUCUCCUGCGGAGAGGAUCGGGAGAGAAGCUUUCCCUCGUCCCGCUGGGAAGAGGCGAGGCACGGCCAGAAAGUUUGGACAUGGCCCUUGCACUGACAGGGGGGCCUGAGGUUCCGCUGGCGCUGACCCACAAAGACAUGUGCCUCGUCUUCUGUGCCUUUGCAUCCUGGGCAGUGAAGACCUCCGACCUGCAGGCUCCGGAUGCCUGGAAGACCAUGUUCCUGGCAAGUUUUGGCACGCUUUCUGCCAUCCGCUACUUCCGAAGGCAGGUCAGAGAAGGACACCCCCGGACCUAG